AUGGCUCAGAUCAUGCCUCUGGAAUUGAUGAUUCUUCUUUUGGGGCUUCUUGCCAUGUUUGAAUUGAAUCCUUAUGGAGGGAGGCUGGUUGAACCUUGGAUCUCGUCCACAUCCGCCGCGUCUCCGAUUUCAGAUGCUAUUGCGGUGUCUCGGCUUCUGAACCCGCAGUUUCGGAGGGUUCUUCAAGCUCUGAAGAGGAUAGUGUCUGGGGUCCAGCCAACCGGAUCUAUACACCUUGGAAAUUAUCUUGGUGCCAUAAAAAAUUGGAUUGAUCUCCAGAAUACAUAUGAUACUCUCUUCUUCAUCGUGGACCUCCACGCGAUAACUCUACCAUAUGAUACGCAACAACUAUCUAGAGCAACAAAAGAUACAGCGGCAAUUUAUUUGGCGUGUGGUGUGGAAACCUCCAAGGCUUCCGUCUUUGUGCAGUCUCACGUUCGUGCUCAUGUAGAGUUGAUGUGGCUGUUGAGUUCUGCCACCCCAAUUGGUUGGCUUAACAGAAUGAUUCAAUUUAAAGAGAAAUCACUCAAGGCGGGAGACGAAAAUGUUGGGGUUGCCCUUCUUACUUAUCCUGUUCUGAUGGCUUCAGAUAUUCUUUUGUAUCAGUCUGAUUUCGUCCCAGUUGGAGAGGAUCAGAAGCAACAUCUAGAAUUGACCAGAGAGCUGGCUGAGCGUGUUAAUUAUUUAUAUGGAGGAAGGAAGUGGAAGAAGCUGGGUGGGCGAGGCGGUGCAAUUUUUAAGGUUCCCGAACCCCUUAUACCACCAGCUGGAGCCCGGGUGAUGUCCCUCACCGAUGGCCUUUCCAAGAUGUCCAAGUCCGCACCUUCUGAUCAAUCUCGAAUCAAUUUACUUGAUUCAAAGGAUGUAAUAGCAAACAAGAUAAAGCGAUGCAAGACUGAUUCAUUUCCAGGCCUCGAAUUUGACAAUCCUGACAGACCUGAAUGCAGCAACCUUCUUUCAGUAUAUCAGCUCAUUACAAGGAAGACAAAAGAGGAAGUUGCACAAGAAUGCCAAGAUAUGAAUUGGGGAGUGUUCAAACCCCUUCUUACUGAUGCUUUAAUUGAUCAUCUACAUCCAAUCCAGGUUCGAUAUGAAGAAAUCAUAUCUGAUACAGCUUAUUUGGAUAAAGUUUUGGCAGAGGGUGCCAGAAAAGCUGCAGAUAUAGCGGAUGUUACGCUCAAUAAUGUCUACCAGGCAAUGGGAUUCUUGCAGAGAUGA